AUCAAUAUCAACUCCAUCGUGGAAAUCGAAAAAAAAAAUAAUGAAGGAGAAAAACGUUAAACAAGCUGCCACUCACCGACCAUAACGGCAUAACCAACAAACCAUAACAGAAGAAGGAAGAGUGAGUUGCGAGUUUGCGUGGUCAGGGUCAAGGAUGGGUCCCAGUAUCUUUUCCUCCCAUGCUCAUUCUCACCGUCUCCCCUAUGCAGCAAAUCUUAACCCUAAUUCCUCUCUUCUCCGUCGACGCGCACAAUUCAUCAGCUUCGCCUCCAAUUCUUCUCCACCUCAGCCUCGGCCUCAGGGAGGGUUCAAAGACGACGAGGCCACCGCCAAGAAAUCGUUUGCGGUGUCGACCGGCGAGCUGUUUCUAGGGCUGGCGGCGCGGCUGAUUAAGAGCCGAAACAGGGGAAGCAGCCUCGCAGAAGAAGAUUCGCGUUCAGUGGCCAUGUUUGAGGAGAGAAUCGAGGCGGCGGCGGUGGUGGUGGAGGACGAGAUUGAUCCCGACGUGGUUUGGGAGCAAAGAGUGAAAGAUGUCGAGGCGGAGCGCAAUAGGUACCGCCGCGUCGUCACCACCCCUGGCUUCAGCUUCUCUGCCGCUGGACUUCUCUUCCCUUACCAUCUCGGUGUCGCACAAUUUCUCAUUCAAAAUGGUUACAUUAAGGAAACAACACCGUUAGCCGGUUCCUCAGCUGGAGCUAUAGUUUGUGCUGUGAUUGCUUCCGGAGCUAGUAUGGAAGAAGCCUUGAAUGCUACUAAAAUAUUGGCUGAAGAUUGCCGCAAUCAGGGGACUGCAUUUCGGCUUGGGGCUGUUCUACGUGAUAUUCUUGACAAGUUUUUGCCUGAUGAUGUUCAUAUAAGAUCUAAUGGAAGAGUUCGAGUUGCUGUGACACAGCUUCUUUGGAGACCCAGGGGUUUGUUGGUAGAUCAGUUUGAUUCCAAGGAAGAUCUCAUCAAUGCAGUUUUUACCUCUUCCUUUAUUCCAGGAUAUCUUGCACCAAGGCCAGCAACAAUGUUUCGUAAUCGACUAUGCAUUGAUGGUGGUUUGACAUUGUUUAUGCCACCGACAUCUGCUGCACAAACGGUUCGUGUUUGUGCUUUUCCAGCAAGUCGAUUGGGAUUGCAAGGGAUAGGAAUUAGUCCAGACUGCAAUCCUGAAAACGUGUGUAGCCCACGACAGUUUUUCAACUGGGCACUUGAACCAGCAGAAGAUGCAAUUCUUGACCGACUCUUUGAGCUUGGAUAUCUAGAUGCCGCUGUCUGGGCAAAGGAAAACCCAGUUGAAGUAAUCGUUCAAGAUGAUAGUCCUGCGUUUGGAAAUGGCAAUGCAAAAUAGAUUAAUGAUAUAAUGAACUACACAUAGAUAGUUCAUUGUGCUGAUUAAAGAUGCAUGAGGAAACUACAGACCAUUGAAUCAACGAUGUUUCCUUGGAAUGGAGCAUCAAUUAGGAAAAAUUCACGGGGAGAAGUCCAUAAUUAAUCUCGUUUAUUCAUAUUUAUUGUACAUUGCAAUAGAAUUAGAGGAAAGAAAAGAAAGAAAGAAAAAAGUUGAGAGGUAAUAUAUUUAAAAUUUACUAGCCAGAAGGUUCAUGUUGUUGGAAAUUUAUAGUGAAUUAUAAAUAGAAUUUGUAGCUAGUUUUCCUGUGAAUGACAAAGUUAUGAUAAUUUAAUUUGUCGAAUGUGAUGUUUUUGUGUUA